AAAUAUUCACAUCGCGGCGGACUUGAAUCAACAAUCGCAACAUGCCUUUCUUGAGUUCGCAGCCCAAAAUUCUCAUUGCUGGUGCUGGCAUUGGCGGCCUCACCGCGGCGCUAUCGCUACACGCAGCCGGGUUUUCGGACAUCCAGAUUUUCGAAGCAUCGUCAACUCUUACCACAUUGGGUGUGGGAAUAAAUGUUCAACCUUCUGCAGUAUUAAUCCUCCGAAAUCUUGGAUUACUGGAAGCCCUUGAACAUACAGGAAUCGAGACUCAAGAAUUGAACUUCUACAACCGACAUGGCGACUCGAUCCUUAGCGAGAAAAGAGGCAAGCAUGCGGGUUAUACCGUACCUCAAUUUUCGAUUCACAGGGGCGAAUUUCAGAUGUUGCUUCUAAGUGCCGUGAAGGAGCGGCUCGGUGAGGAUGCGGUGCAUCUGAACCACGCCUUAACAGGAUUCUCACAAGAUUCCAAGUCAAUCUCAGCGGAAUUUUCUCAGCGGCGGGACGGCGCUGCGGCAGAGCUGUCUGGUAUAUCCGGCGAUAUAUUGAUUGCAGCUGACGGAAUAAAUUCGACUGCAAGGAGGAUACUGUACCCUGACGAAGGUCCACCACGUUUCUCGGGUCGCAUGCUCUGGCGUGGGUGUUUGGAGCGUGAACCGUACCUAACUGGCGCAUCAAUGGUGUGGGCAGGACAUGCAGAUCAAAAGUUCAUUGCGUACCCGAUUUCUCAGAGGUCAGCGGACAAAGGCAAGAGUCUUGUAAAUUGGAUCGCGGAACUGCGCAUACGAGGGAAAGACGACAAGGACCUAACGCCACCAAAGACUGACUGGACCAAGGCUGUGGACAAGAGCAUCUUUGAGGGGCCGUUCGAGAAAUGGAGGUGUGGAGGCCUGGAGAUGAAAGAUCUUAUCGAUAAGACUGAAAAGGUUUUCGAGUUCCCAAUGUCAGACCGUGACCCGGUAGACCAGUGGUCAUUUGGUCGACUGACACUCCUCGGCGAUGCAGCACACGCGAUGUAUCCCAUUGGUUCGAAUGGCGCAUCCCAAGCCAUCAUCGAUGCCGAAACACUGGCUAAACACAUGAAAGCGACUGAGAAUGUGACUGCAGCUCUGAAAGACUAUGAAGUGGAAAGGUUGCCGCCCACGGCGCAGAUUGUUAUGGCCAACCGCGCGAACGGUCCUGAUCAUGUGCUGCAAAUGGCGGAAGAAAGGGCGCCGGACGGUUUCACUAACAUCUACGACAUCAUUCCAAAAGAAGAAUUAGAGGAGAUCGGUGCAGUGUACAAGAAGGUCGCUGGAUUCGAUAUGGGGAACGUCAAUGCGAAGGCAGAAGCAACAAAAGAGGAGAGCAGCAGGUUAAAGCUGAAAAGCCCGAAGGAUUGGGUAUAGGUAGUCAAUCUUAGUUUAGCUGCAUUUGAUACGACCAGAAGACGAUUUUCCUGGUAGCUAGCUAUCGACUGGCCGCGAAGC